GUCCCCUUCUGACAUUGCCGGCGAAGAACAGCGUCCCCUUGGGUCUGACCGGGCAACCUGCUGAGCUUUGGCUGCCAUGGCCGGAGGAGCCAGCGGCGGCGGGGCGGUGGAGAUAACGCUGGAGCACACGCCGACGUGGAUCGUCGCGUCCGUGUGCUCCCUCAUCGUCCUCAUCUCCCUGCUCUUCGAGCGCCUGCUCCACCGCCUCGGCAAGAGGCUCACAAAAGGCCGCCGCAAGCCGCUGUACGAGGCCCUGCUCAAGCUCAAAGAAGAGCUGAUGCUGCUGGGCUUCAUCUCCCUACUGCUCACCGUGUUCCAGGGCGCCAUGCAGAAGAUAUGCGUCCGGGAGAGCCUGAUGCACCACCUCCUGCCGUGCCCGCGCGCCGGCGCCGGUGCCACCAAGGUUGCACGGCACUUUGCCGCUACCGUGUUCACUGGUGUGGUGGGCAGCACGAGGAGGCUCCUGGCAGGUGGAGGCGCCUCCAGUGAGUACUGCCUCAAUAAGGGCAAAGUUCCAAUUCUUUCGAUCCAAGCUAUCCAUCAGUUACACAUAUUUAUCUUCGUCUUAGAAGCUACCCAUGUGGUUCUCAGUGCUGUUACAGUUAUUCUUGGAAUCACACAGACAAGAAAAUGGAAACACUGGGAGGACAAGAUCCAGCAAAGCAACGAUAAUGGUCCUCAAAUGAUCAGACAUGUGCAAGAAUUCGAAUUUAUCAAAAAUCACUUUAGAGGUCAUGGAAAGCGAUGUGAAAUAUUUGGUUGGCUGUUGCUACUUGUGGUCGGAAGUAAGCUGGAGCAUAUUAUCACGGAGCUAGCUAUCGAUGUUGCCCAGAAGCAUACUGCAAUAGAUGGGGAGCUAGUUGUAGCUCUUUCAGAUGAUUUGUUUUGGUUCCACCGGCCUAAACUAGUCCUUCUAUUGAUCCAUAUCAUCUUGUUCCAAAAUGCAUUUGAGAUUGCAUUUUUCUUCUGGCUGCUGGUAACACAUGGAUUUAAAUCAUGUAUUAUGGGAAAACCAGCAUAUGCUAUUACUCGUCUGGUGAUAAGUGUCAUCAGUCAACUCCUCUGUGGAUACAGCACACUACCUCUGUAUGCUCUCAUAUCUCAAAUGGGAAGCUCAUUCAAGAAAGCCAUGUUCGAUGAAAGUAUAUCCGAAGGCCUCACCAACUGGGCUCAAAAGGCUAGGAAGCGUAAUAGAAUGCCGGCAGCAAGUGUUGGUGACAAUUCACCCGUUGGUCAGGGAAUUCAAAUGACAAAUACAAGAAGAGAAUCAGCAAUCGAGCAAGGGACUGCUAGAUUGAUCUAAGUGAAUGCAUAUCAAUGUACG